UAAACUCUCUCGUCUCCAUUCUCCCCCCACUUGGACGAAAUUUCACAGAAACUCCAAAAAAAGAAUAACGCAUGCACCAUUCUUCCUUCCCUAUAUAAACCCUCGUACCUCUCCAUAUUUCAAUGGGAUAGUCUCUGCUCUCAACCUGUGAGACUCAUAAACGAAAAAUAGAGACAAUGUUGGGUCUUGAAUACGAAGGAUCUGAUUUCGCUCUUCUUGAAUCGAUUCGAAGGCAUCUACUAGACGAAUCGGAAUUAUCGACAACUCUUUCGAUGAAUUUUCGGGCAAGGAACUCCGGUGAUGCUCCGGUGUGUUGUAAGAGAUCCAGUUUCAGUAGCAUUAGUCUCUUCCCUUGCUUGACUGAUAACUGGGGAGAUCUGCCAUUAAAGGUGGAUGAUUCGGAGGAUAUGGUGGUCUAUGGUGUUCUCCGUGACGCCGUAAAUGUUGGAUGGAUUCCGUCGCUCUUGGCGGAGUCAUCAAAUAGUAGUAGCAGCAGCAGCAGCAGCAGCGACGAGGUCAGUGAUUUGACGGAUGUUACCGUUAAAGCAGAGUCUCAGGAGACGACUUUUGGCGCCGUAUUUCAGGCCCACACGACGGCUUCGGCUCCGGCUCCGGCUCCGGCUCCGGCUCCGGCUCCGGCUUCAUCAACUGUGACCACUGCAUCAUCGACGGCACCGGAGAUAACUUCAGCGACUGCUCCAGCUGCGGCUCUGUCCAAGGGGAAGCAUUACAGAGGAGUACGACAACGGCCAUGGGGAAAAUUUGCGGCCGAGAUCAGAGAUCCGGCAAAGAAUGGCGCUAGAGCUUGGCUUGGUACGUUCGAGACGGCUAAAGAAGCUGCGUUAGCAUAUGAUCGAGCUGCUUACAGGAUGCGCAGAUCCAGAGCUCUGCUAAAUUUUCCGCUUCAGCUCAGCUCAAUCGAUUCCGAACCGGUUCCUGUAACCUCGAAGAUGGCUUCUCCGGAGCCGUCUUCAUCGUCAUCGGCAUCGUCAUCGUCAUCGUCAUCGUCAUCGUCACUUGUAUCAGACAACGGGCUUCCUAAGAGGAGGAAAAGAGGUGUGGUUGCUUCAUCUGCGGUGACAGCUCAAACUGGGUUAGAAACAGUGAGCCGACCGGCUGUGCUCCAUGGAUCUGGUAGGACCACUUAGAUGUCGCGAGCAGCUUUUGGUGAGUUAGUUUUAUAUAUAUAUAUAUAUAUAUAUAGAGAG